GUUGCGAGCGCAGUGAGUCGAUCAGUAUUGUGAGCAGCUCACUGGCCACUAACCCCGCCUUCUGUGCAGUGACACUAAUCAGGGUGGCACGCCUCCCGCUACCCACUCCAGCGCUGUCAAAGCUCAUCUUCACUCAACCUACGGCCAUUCCCACCCCACAGGCGGCCACCUACCUGCUCACGCUGCCCCCCAGGCUGGCCCCCCGGGGAAUGCACCGUCCAGGGGCCCUGGUAAAGAAAAAGACGGAGAGGAUCGUAAAAAGGUAGAGAAGAAAGAAACCUAUCGGGAAAGAAAGAGUUAAGUCCAGAUCAGCAGGGUCUGUGUAUAUAUAUUGAUAACGCCCACCGUAAGCUCUGUAUAAAACAGCUGCGCAGAGCUCCGCGUUCAGUAAGAGUAUCAGAUCCCAGCGGGGGCGGUGAUGGCAGUGUAAGCCAGCCCCAUGUUCCGCAGAGGAGGGCUUAUGAUGUGUGGCAGGGGGAUGCUGGACCCCUGGGGUCCCAGAGGAGAGGACUUUGAGUCUAAAGAACGUGUGGGAGGUAGGUCCAGGUGGCAGAGGAGGGGGUCUGGGAGGAACCACAGGGGCAAACAUGGCUACUCCCCCUACAGCCGGCCCCGCGCCCUCAGUCUGAGACCUGUUAAUCUGAUGGGCAACCGGGCCCCUGGCAUGAGGGCCCCAAGAAACACCAACCAGUUUCUGAUGAGUGAGAAGUACCAGCUGCUGAAACUACGCUCGGAUUCCGUGGGGACUGAGGGCAGUGGGGGCUCCGACUGUGAGAUGGACCCCCUGGACAUGGACUCCUACUUGGGGGUGCUGGAGAACGCCCACGGGGCGCUGCUGGAGCCUCAAGAAGCUGGAGAAGUUGAGACCUACUGCUCCUCGUCCGCCUCUUCCCCGCUUUGUCCUUCCCCCCAGUCCUCUUGGAGCCCGUUCAGAGGAAGUGACAGAGUUAACAGAGGGCAGGUGAGAUGCGAAUCGUUAGCCACGCCCAGCCAUUCGCCGCGACUGCUCUGCGGGGGCGGGGCUAUACUGGAGCUCCUCGGGGAGAGCAGCGAGCAGUACUAUCCGUCUGAGAACGAUGUAAUAGAGAGUGAAAACUUCAUGGAAAGGGAUUUUAACGAAUUCUGCAGUAAAAUUAUUUGAAUGUUCAGAUACUAAUUUAAGAUACUAUUUUUUUUUAAUUUUUUUUUCCUUCUCUACCAAAGGCUCCAACAACAGAUUUUGUUGUUUGUUCCUGUGGUAGUUAACGCUAUUUCUAAAGGGUCUUCUACCCUUUGGUGUGCAGCUAAAAUACACAUAUCGUGGUGGGGGGUGGAGGAGUUCACAAACAGCCAUAAAUUAUUAUUUUAUAUAAUGUUGGGUUUAAGGCAUGUACUGUUCUAAAAGCCUUACCAUAAAAUAUAAAGUGUUUACUCUUUCAGUGCCAUUCAUAAUAGAAAUGCAAUGCAAUAUGUACACCUCAACAAAAUCUUAAAGAUAAAAGGAAGUAGAGAGCUAACCAUUCUACUCCCAGAUAAGUCUUCAGUAAAUUUAGUUAUUUGUAAAAUGUAAACAAAAUUAUCUGGAUCAAAACAAAAAUAUCAAUUCUAGUGCUAAGUUCUGAAUGUGAAGUUCAGAUUUUUUAUUAUAUAUUUUGUUUAAUUCCCUAGAAUCCAUCAUUGUGAUGUAAAAACCAAACUGCAAAAACAGCUAAUUUAUGACUAUUUGUGAUUUGGUGUUUUUUUUUUUUUGUUUUUUUUGUUUUUCUGAAUCUGCUGUUUUGGGCUAAAUUAUACCAUUUGUAUUACAAUUCAUCUUCAUUUGUUUGACUAAAUCUUGCUAGCACACUGUUAAAUGAAUAGGUCUUGAACUGGUCUUCUACCUACUAGUAGUGUAAAGAGUGUUUGAGGAAGGAUAUGUUGGAUGUUUAAAUCUAUGUUUUGUAAGGGAUAGGGGUAUUAAUCAUAUAUGUCUGUUUUUGUUUGUUAUAUGUAUAUAAAUGUCGUGUACCUGUCUAUCUGACACAAGCAGCCCAUUAUACAUGUAAAUAUCUUGGACUAAAAUCUAUACCUAACACUACCAGGAGGGGUGUUACAAGCAAAGAGACUCAACAAGUUUUGGCCAAAAGUAGACUUUUUAAUGUAUAUUUUAUGGGUUUGUUGUCUUUUUCAUAAUAUUCUGUAAAUAAAUUUUGUAAACUAGUGCUUUAAGAGACUACUUUUUUUUAUUUUUGUUAAAUUUGGGGGAAAAAAUAAAAGUGCUUUCACUGAUUUUGGUAAAUCUGAUGGUAAAUGUAUUAAGAGGUAGUAUUACUAAUUAACAGUUUCUUAUAACUUCCAAUGUUUCAUGUGUGCUUUUUAUAUAUUGAUGUCAGGAGUUAUUUUUUUUAAUUUAUUUUUUUAAGUUAAUAAUUUUGAUUUAUUCAAUAAACAUAGAAACAUUAUAGUUGGCUGAAUGGCAAUAGCCAUGCCUUAGAGUUGGAGAAUUUUUCCCAAAUUUUUGUAAUUCAAUUUUCAAUUACCUACAAUUUGGUGAUUAGUUAAUAAACUAAACGAUUAUUCUUUGGUUUUAUUACUCAAAACCUCAAUAUUGCUAUGUGUUUACCUUAUUUCCCCCACAAUUUUUCCUUUAUUAAUUUAUACCAUAUAAUGGAUGGUCGAAAUAUGCAGAUAAGCUUUUUAAAGGUAAUGGUUUUUCUGUGACACAUUGAUUGGUUUUGCUAGCUAAUGUGGACAGUGCGUUCAACACACAUUCUAGAAUAAACAUAACUCUGGAAAUUGAAUAGCAUUUUCUCCACACAUGUUGAUGGUGCACUAUAACUACUGUAGUUGUUGGGGUUAUCAGGAGUGCCCACUCCCCCAUCUCCUCUCAGACAGUCAGUAACCCCUGCUCAGGAGCUUCCAUUAGCUACUGAGUAAAGUCCUGCUGCGUCAGCUGAUCUCUCUGCCACUGACUAAGACCUGCACCUGCCAUGCUUGGUUAACCUGAGAGCUUCUGGCUAGAAAAUAGGUAGAUAGCAGUGCUUGGCAGACCCAAGGUAAUUACUCAAACAUUCUAAAAUGGUUUUACUACUUAAAAUAGUGGGACACCAGGGCAUUCCUGUCACUAUAAUGAUAUCCUGCAGUCAGCAGUUGUUAUGGUGCUUGAAGUGUUUCAUUAAGGGUCACUCUACGCAAUGUCACAAACUUGCUUUAUUGGAGAGGCUAUCAUAAAGAAGCUACAGUGCACCCACUCUUUGUUUUAAGAGUGACUUAUAUCAUCUAUAAUUGAAAAGUGUUUAUCAGAAAGCCAGGACUCUCAGUUCAGAGUUGCAUGUGACAAUUUGCAUCCACCCUUGGUCUGAUUUCUCUCUCCUUAACAGCUGCUUACUUACACAAACAUCAUAUCUUCUGGGAUGGGUUGGGGGCCUAAAGGGGCUUGUCAGUGACAUCACUGACAAUAACCAAAAUGGGAGCUCCCAUCUAGAAAGGAAUAUUGACUGACCACAGAAGGGGCAUGGUGUGAAAAUUGGUCAGGGUGGCCCUUCUAGUGCAGACCAGCAGAGAGUCACUAAUUUAUAUAAUACAUUACAAAAUAGGGGUGCUUUAAAAAACAAACAAACAAAGUUUUAACUACUUUCCCUUCAAUUUGAUUGCUUGAAAUAUAAAGGCUCAUAAAUGGGGAUUUAUGCAUUUAGUAACAAAGUCGAUGUGGAGCAUUCAUCUGUUUCAUCCAUUAAUAUCUAUGGUGAAUGCUCUACUUUGAGAAGUGGUAUUGCAAUUUAUUCAGAAUCUUACACUACACUCCUUCACCCAAAUACAGAUUGGUUAAUUUUGGCCAAGUAGAACUUGGUAUUAAAAGUUCUGGGGUUUUAGUUGCAAGUUUGUAUAAAUAAUAGACUGGUAUGUCUCAUUUCAGCCCUACAGUUAAUAUUGCAUAUAGAAGCAGACCUGCAGGUUUGUCAACUACUUAAUCUCUGCCAUCGCCACCAUGUUUUACCAGUGUCAUUUGUAGAUUUUCCAGUCCAGUGCCGAAUAGCUGGUCUCAAAGAACUGAUAUCUAGUGGUUUACAGUGACUGAGCAAUAUUUGUAAUAAAAAAAGAAAUUAAAGUGCUAGGGAAACAAAGUUGUUUUCCUAACAUUAUAGCUCUAUACAGUGCCCCCCACCCUUUAGCCCAUGUUGCAGAUGGGGAUGAAAACCCCUUCUGUAUUUUACCUGAAUCUAGCGCCGAUGUUGCACAGCGCUGGUUCAGGCUCCACUCUGCGAUUGCAUUAGGACUCCCCCCCCCACUUGCUUUCCUAUGGGUUUUAAGGGGAGUUAGGUAAAGCUGGAUGUCUAAAUGCAUGGUCCCUCUAGUGGCUGUCUGGGAGACUAGAGGUGGAGUUAAUCUUUGCAGGUAAUUAUUGCAUUUAUCAAAAACUUCAAUAAUUACAGUUGCAAGGUUGAGAGGCCUGAGACACUGCAUCCAGACCAUUUCAAUGAGCUAAGUGGUCUGGGUGCCUAUAGUGUCCCUUUAAGUAAGCUAGUGUUUGUAAUGUACCUGUCAUUGAAUGCACAACUUAAUAGUAAAGUGCACAAUAUAUCAUGUACAAAUUGUAUUAGUAGACUUGCUAGAAAAUGUAUAGGGUAUUAUGUAAAUAAGCACUUUCCCCAACAUAUCUUCUCCAUGAACUAUCACUAAGGUAGUACAGCGGCUGGUCAGAUACUAUCAUCUAAGGCAGGGGUUCCCAACCCAGUCCUCAAGUAUUCCCACCAGUCCAGGAUUUAGAGAUUACCCUGUUGCCAUAGUGUUUUCCUUAACCACUGCUCUAAUGCAGCCAUAUCAUGCAUCGUAUCUCAUGAAUGCAAACCCUGGGGCUUAGCAGCAAAUACAGGGACCUCAAAGGUAGAUGUGUGUUUUGUUUUUUUGGGGGCGAGUUACACUUUUUAUAUAUUUACAGGAAGUACAUCAUGCAUUACAAAAAGUGUCAAUCCCCCUUGUUUAUUUUGUUGGCUAGUCUGGAAUUAGUAUAUUAAAUUUGGGGCCUAUAAAAAAUUAUGCUCCGAAUAGAAGCAAUAUUUAUCAACAGCUACUGCUAAAUAAAGAUGAAGAGCAGUCUGUGAGAUUUCUAAUUGAUCCCCAUUUAAAUAUUGAAUUGACUUUAUAAACAUUCAUAUGGUUAUUUACUUAUGUGAGAAUUCAAAGUGAAUUUGAAAUGUAAUUUUCAUUUCAAAUACAUACAUCCAACAUUCCAAAAGGACACUUAUUUUAAGGGUGUGGAUGGGGGUGUGGUUACAGGUGGAUUGUUCUGAGAAAUUGUAGAUUACUUACUAAUUUAUGCAAGCAAAAUGUUGUUUUAGAAAUAAGAACAAUGGUUGUUCUUUACACAGAGUGAUUUCUAAGAAACCUUUUAUUUUAGUUUAACGGGUUAUUCCAACCAUUUUUAAGAGCUCCCAGUGCAGUUUUCCACGCCCCCUGCUGAUGUCACAAGCUGUGUGAGGUAUAAUCAAAGGCAUCUCAAAAUAAAACCUGCGCUAAUUGAAUCGGCUGCACACAGGGAGGGGACAUCCAGGCUCAAUACAUCCAUUGCCAGCGUGCACUGUGCACUGACAACAAACAUUUUAUGCAAAGAAUUCACAUUUGGCAGUAUAGAACAGAGUUCCAGGCUGCCAAAGUUACGUGUGCCGUGGUUGCAACUAGCGCUCAGCACACUAAUAUGUGCAAAAUUUGAAGCAUAAAUGCAGCACAUACAGACUCCUACCACCAUGACCACUUCUAAAAGCAGAAGUGGUCACGGUGGUUGGAGAAACCUUUUAAAUACACAUAAUUGUAAGUAUUAUUGUUUUGGAGCUCUGUUAGACAUUCAGCAUCAACAAUAUGGAGCUCCUGAAAAAUAGAUACAUUAGAAUGUAAAAGUGGGACAGAGGGAUUUUGGCCCCAAAUAAUGGACUUUCCCUCCUAAAUGCUUGGGAUGCUUUCAGUUGGCUACUCUGGCCUUUAAUCCCUUAAGGACCAAACUUCUGGAAUAAAAGGGAAUCAUGACAUGUCACACAUGCCAUGUGUCCUUAAGGGGUUCAUUUGAAAUUCAUUAUCAAUUCUCACUUUAGUAAAGUGAGCCAGUGUUAAAAAAACAAGUAGACUGAAAGGAGGUCUCCAGGAUUACCAGAUAAAGACAAAGAACCAGGAUCACCUCCCUCUUCUUCUCCCUCAUCGUUGUGUAGGUGCUAGGGAUUGGUUUACAUACACUGGGUAGCAGAAUCCGAAUCAAUUCAUUCUCUCCCUUAGGCAGGAGAAUAAGGCAUGUGCUUCUGGCCUCAUGUCUUCAGGUAAACUGAACUGGUUUUUAUUAUUAGAGAAUACAUUUUUAUUGAUUUGAACUGUUUAACAAAACAUUUGCAUUUUGAAAUCCAUAAAUCAUGAUUUACAAUUUGAAGCACUUUCUUUUAUGAAGCAGUAUAAAAGUAGCAUUCAAAGAAAAAUUUGACACUAUCAUUACUGCCCAAUCCCACCAUGACAGCCAUUACCACAGCACAGCCCCUCUACAGUUCCAAUCUGCAACACAGCUCUUAUCUUCCUGUCACAGUCCCUAUUUCCCUCACUGCCUCAUUCCCUAAUCACAGUCUUCCCCCAAAGCCUCUCCCUUCCAUUAUAGCCUCUACCUCCCACCACAGCCCCUUAUUACCCCACAUUAGUCAUACCCUCCCACACAAUGUAGCCUGUCACUAUAUAUUCCCCCUCUGUCAACCCCCUAUGGUGCUGAAGGACUUCUCUCCUCCACCGACGUCAGCCGGCGAGGGAGACCUAAUGCAUCAGUACGGCAACCAAAAGUCACCGAACAGCCCAGAACGCUCUCUAUUGGCUGUCUGGUAGACAGCCACUAGAAGAGGAGUUAACCCUAGAAGGUAAUUAUUGCAGUUUAUCAAAAACUGCAAUAAUUACCUGCUUAAGGUUAAGGAACCUGGGGCAAUGCACAGAAACAACUUCAAUGAGCUGAAGUGGUCUGGGUGCCCAUAGUGUCCCUUAUAGUAAUUUAAGGGGGUAAUCCUACACCUCCAACACCAUAUAUGCCUUAACUGGGGUGAUAUGGAUUUGAAAAUGCAGGAAAGAGCCUGUGCAUCCAGGCCAGGGGGGGAGUCUGGGUUGUGAGUUAAUGGAUAUAAGGGGUGAUUGAAAGAAGGUGUUGUGUGUAUAUGUUCCCCCUGGUGAACCUGUGAAUGUGAGCAGGAUACAUGGUGGUCCAGUGGCCACCUUGGUUGCCUAAUGGGUAAUCUGAAUCUGGCAAUGCAACUCAACCAAAAGAUACGUGGUAGAAUCCAUUUUACUAUAUUUUUGGUGGUAGGGAAUAAAUUUGCUUGAUGAAGUUGAGACUAGUUACCCAUAUCCCCAGAGAUUUGAUUGCCCUGUCUGAAAUAGUGAUGUUUAGAAUGGUGAACAAUAGUAUAAUUGUUGUUAUUAUUAUUAUUAUUAUUAUAUAAUUUCUUAUGAGUAAUGUCAUCCUGAAAGGAUUUGCAUAAUUUCCCUUGAGGUCUGGCUGGAGGACGUGCAUUUCUCCUGUAUAAAUGUAAGCGAAUAUACUGUAACUUACAAUGUGGUUAGACAUUGCAGAGGCACUUCAGGCACCACACUGUUACGUGCUAUGUGUGGGUUAGGUUAAAUUUUGUUACACUGUUUUGUUUUAGUUUUUUUCUUUUUGUUAUUAUCAUUUUAUUUUGUAAAAGGCAGUAAUCGUUUCCACUUUAAACUACAAAACAAGUGAGACAAGAAACAGACAGCCAGAAGUGCUAAUGAAGCCAGCAGUUUUAUAAAAUAAGUGAGAAGGGAUAUGCACAGUGACAUUGCUAGGGUCAAAAAUAACUCAGGACUUGAACCCAAAAAUCAGCUGACGCUCUCAGACAAUCAGUAACUCUCCACUCACAGAACUGGCUUGGAAAGAAACUUACUUUAUCAAGCCAGUUUUGUGAAUAGGGGGUCACUGAUUGGCUUACAGUGUCAGCUGACUGCUCUCAUCCAAUCAGCGGCACACCUGCCCGGCGGCACUCCACUCAUUGUGAAACUGAAAUUUCAGAAGCCGGGUGCCACCUGCGGGGAGUUGCAAUUGGCGUUGGAGACAAUUUUGGGUUAAGCCGUUCGAGAAUAAACUUCAUAAAAUACUUAUGCUAGCCUUCAUUCAAAUUCAAACACAAUCCUAAAAUAGCAUAAAACAAAUUAUGGACAACUUUGUCUUAUGGGCAAGCCUGAUGUUAACUAUUGUUAAAUCCCAGCAGCCAUCGCAAAUUAUGGUUGUAGGAAUGAAACAUCAUCUUGCUUAUAGUGAGCCGUAAUCUAUGGAGACAGUUCCCAGGAAGAAGAUGACGGCAGUCUCAGUAGGUAGGUGGUGGCAGCUGUGAGGAACAGGUAAGGAUACCUGCUUUCCACUGCACCCGCAGCCACGGGACUUUAAGUGGAGAUGUCAUCAUCAAGGUCUUACCAAAAUAUAGAAAGACCCAUGAAAAAGAUAACUGUUUUAAGGCCUUCAACUUCUGAAGAUCUUCACAUUUGGCAUUAUCACUCUUAGCAUGAUAACGCAGAUGUGGUUAAUUAUUCUCAUAUAGAAACUUUGGGUUCUUUGCUUUUCUAUAAGAAGCUAUGCAUUGACUGAUUUUGGACAGUGCCGUAUUUGCCACAAGGCAGCAUCACCGGCUAGCCCGUUCUGCUGUGUGGCUGAGGCCGACAAAGCAGAUUUCCCCGGACCAGCUACUUCAGCGGGGGCACUCAAUAAAGCUCUCCUUUGCCUGUAUUAUAUUUGAGUGUUCCCAAACUUUCCACUACAGCCCCAAUUUCCACACUUUAGGCUCUAUCCCUCCACUACAACCCCUAUUCACCCACUAAAGCCACUAUCCUACUUACUACAAUUCCCCCCACUAUAGCCCUUAAAACUCCUGUUGCCUCCACCAUCAUCUACAUAUGGCAGCAUCCCACAACCAUAGCCCUAAUCCACUAUAGCCUUAAUCCUCGCACUACUGCCCCUAUUUCCCCACUACAUUCCCUAUCCCCCUACUAUAACAGCAAAAAACAUAUGUGAGGAAGGCUGAACUUGAUGGACGCAAGUCUCUUUUCAGCUAUGUAACUAUAUAACUACUACCCCCAACUAAAGCCCCUAUUCACACUACAGACCCAAAUGCAAAGCAACAAGCAGCCACCCUCAAACAUGCAACCCCACAAGCAGCAUUCACACAAACGUACAACACCACAAGCAGCCUCCACACACAUACAUACACACACACACUCCCACCUCUGUCCUACUUAUCCAACCACCAACCUAGUCACAUUCACCAAAUUAGUCAUAUAAACGCAUGCAAUCUAAUACUCCAAACUGUGUGUAUGUGUAUAUACAUGGGGCAGCAAGGAGGGUCAAUCAGGCCCUAAUUGUGAAUCACUCUGAUUGCUGUACGUGUGCCAUAGGUCCUCAGUGAUUGGACCACAGAUCAUCAGGGCUGAUUAUCUCGGCUACAUUGAGACUAUUUUUUCAGAUUAGCUGUUUUAGUCUCAAUUUUGCCAUUCAGGUUUAAUUCACUACAGUGUUGACACAGUGUAAUAUGCCAUGUGUUGUUCACCUGAGGUUGUAUUUACCUAAUUUUAAGACCUGCUAAGGAACAGAUGAUUGUUAUUAUGUCCUGAUAUGUAAAAUCAUAGAAGUCAAACAGGGUGUACUUUAUUUUUCCCAUGAAUGUAUCUGUCUUAGGCACUAGUCAGUUUUCACUAGUCCAUAAGGUACAGAUUCAGGGAAUUAGUGAUAACUGCCCCCCGGCUAUCACCUGUUCUUAUGUUACUUAAUAGAACUCAGAAUUAUUUAGGAAAAACAUAAAAUUCAAACUUUCCAGAAGUGGCUACCUACAUGUUCACAGGACAGUAUACAUUUAUGAUCAAGUUUUGGAAACUCUCUGGAAAUGUAUGUAUAUUUAGGGUGGGCAAGUUAAAACAAUGGCUGUUUCUAUUGUACACAUAUUUGUGUUUGUCUACUUUACAUUAUUUUAACACUAAUAUUUUCUAAUAUUUCUUUCAGUGUGAAUGUGAAUAAACAUCAUUUGCGAGGAUAACACAGAAGCAAGAUCCUGUCUGUCAAUGGGACGUUGUGUGCUGCAUAAUGGGUCUACUCACUACAGGCUCAGGAGAAAAGAGGAAAAGGGAACAUUUUCAUAUGUUGUCCAACAGAUAGAAAAAGAGGAAAAUAGGGAAUUCAACACACAAAUGCUCUGCUAGAAAACGUGUUUACUUGACACCCACUGCAUCCCAAAAGCGGUCCAGGGACAAUGAUGCAAACAAAGAUGUCUCUGAGCACCUAAACCACAUAUAUAACCCCAGAUUUCUCCACCUACAAGUGGAAGGUGGCUGGCCAUGUUUCUCUAUCAGCAUAUUUAAGCCCAGAGUGCCUCCUAAUCAGUGCUUGGUUGUUCUAAGUGCUCUGUUCCUGACGCCUUGUGAUUUUCCUGUUUUCUGACCUGCCCAUCUUCUGAAUUAUUUCCUUGUUCCUGAAUCCAGCUUCUGACCAUGCUACUUACUGCCUGCCCAGACCUUUGGACCGCUUGACUUCAGUUCUUAUCUCCUCCUUCUCGGAUUCCGCUGCCUUUUUUUAAUUUAAAUGCCCCUGUGUGACCACUAACCAGUUUUCACCUUCAAGUACUCCUUAGGGUCGUGGGGACUGUUCCACUGAGUUCCUUAUCAACAACCACAGUUUUAUGAAACUUGACAAAAAGUAGUGAGGAAGAAAAGUAACCAAAGCUAUUGAACAGAAAAGAUGCAAAAAAGUUAUUACAUUAACUGCAAGGUUCUUCAAACAAAAAAGCAUUCUGCUACUAUGUUGUUGUAUAAGACCCUCCUGAGCAAAAAAAAAUAAGGAUUAUUAUGAUGACACCAAGUUUGAUUAGAUUCUGAAAAUAUGAAACUGGCUCAAAAGCACUGGCAGCAAUAUAGAUAAAUUAGAAUUCACUGCUGUACCCAUAGCAAUAUUUAAAAUGGACGAAAGGGAAAUUUUAAUUUAAGGAUGUGAUUAGGAGAGUUGCCAGGGGCUGGGCAGUUCUGAGAAAUUUUAGAUGACUUAUUAAUAACAAUUUAUGCAACUAAAAUGGAAUUUUGAACAAUUGCAAUGAAGUUCUAAUUCCACACAACCUUUUCAUUUGGGACAUCCAACUAAAGCCAAUGUGACUCAACUUGGGAAAACUGCUUCAUUUGGCUUUGACUAUAGUUGUUGCAACUUUGAAUCCACAAUCAAGUAUCAUGGCACAUCAAAUUAGAACCUUGGUCACGAUAUCUUCUUAUAUGUUGGUAUGUUACUAGAUACUAGGCUUUCAUAAGGUCUUCAUACUGAUAAACUAUCACUGAAACUUUAUCUCAGUAUAUACUCUGUUCUUAAUGUUUUAAACCCCUAAGAUCUUGAUAUCUGUCUGCCAAGUGACCCAGUCUAUGAUAAAACUGCAUAUACUGGGUUGUUAACAAUUGUCAGACAUCUUGAUUUAUCAUAGUAAUAAUAAGUCCUGAUAGUCAAAAGGUAUGUCUAUCAAAAAAUAUGUAAGAGGGAAUAAGACAGAGAAUAGGAUAAAAGCUCUGAAACUGGAAAAAGUGGGGUUUCAUCAAAUCCCAUAAGUAUUCAUAAAUAUAAAAAUAAAGGCAUCCAGGAGCUUAUAACAUAUAACUAACAGAUACUAGAUAUAUGAUAUAGAGAAUAAAUAUAGAUAUCAAUAUUAAUACAAUUCUAAAAUUCUAAAACACUUAAAACAUCCAGAAAGGAGUUAAUAGACAAUUACUUAAUCUUAUAUAUCAACAAUGCAUAAGAGUCCAAAUUGUAGAUGGAUAAGGGAUCAGUCCAAGCAGAUGAUUAUAGCACAUAUAGUCUUUAAGCAUGUAUCAUAAAUAACCUCUGACCUAUUUGAAUAUCCUUUACAGAAUCAGAUAAGGUUCUUAUGAAUUUAUUCUACAUUCAUAUAAGAAAGAAUAAAAUAAAAGAAAAUAAAAUAUAAAAUAAACAAUAUGAUAAAACACAAAAUCUAGGCUUGUUAGUAUCACAAACUAACAGCCUAAUUGACAUUCUCCAAUAUAAAAGUCUGGGCUAACCGCUAGAAACAGCAACUGCAGCAAACAGGGAUAGAUACUAAAGUAUUCCGUAUUGGUGCCCUAAUGGUACUUUAGAUUACGUCUAUAUACAUCGAAGACGACUUGUAGAAAAUAGUGUUGUCAAAAAAGAAAUGCUUUAUUCACGUUAAAAAUAAUAAUAAAUAGUUCUAAUAAAAACAUGAAAUACUGGGUAAACCAUAUACCACAAAAAUGUUCCGAAGUAAGAGAAGGUGAAAAGACCAUAUAACCUGAACCGUUCGUCUGGAUGGCUGAGGAUGCUGAUAUUCCCCUUCCGAGUUGGUACUGCAGCAGCCGGUGAGGACGGCGUCCGCAUUCUUUGGCACUCCACCUCCGACCUCACAUCAAGAGGUGAGCCUCCAGAAUGACGUUGUGUAGUGGAUAGAGAUGUCUGUAGAUUACCGAGUCUUGUUCUCUCCAACUCUUCUCUUCGUAUUGAUUUCACAGCCUUAUGCGUUUCAUAGGGUACUGCCCUAUUUCAUCAGAGGCAUGUCUUAAUCUUAGUCCAUAUUGGUAUAUAUAUACACAGUGUCCUACAAGUCAUCAAUUGCUUAUAAUUGCAUAUCAAAUCGGAAUUUAGAACUUAAAAUGAACAUACAAAAUGUAAAUACUAUAGCUGUGAUUAUAUCGGUACAUAGAAAAUACGAAUGAAUGAAUGUUCCAACUACAUAAAUCACACAUAUACAUCGUACAUAUAAAAAAUUUAUAAAUAAAAAUAAACAUGUAAAUCCAUUAAUUUGUCUUCUUAUGUCUAUUCCAUUCAUAAUAAGUCAGAACUAUACUGGUUAAAACAUUGGACCUUUCUAUGUAAAAGCAGAAAUAAAACAAUAAAAUUCCAAUUCAGGUCCACAUUCUGAGAUGAAAAAAAUGGAAAAAU